GAGAUAAUAAAUUAUUGAUGAUGUUUUUAGUUUCGUUUUUGUUUUUCUUUUUUCUGUUUGUUUUCUUUUUAACUAUGAACUUGGGCAUGAGCAGAUAUCGCUUGAAUUUAUGUCUGUGAACUAGUAAAAUGGAAAUAAUAUUAAUGUAUUCGAAGUCAUUAUAAAUUGGACACUAUCGAGCAUUCAGUUAAACCACUGUGGUUACAUUAUUGCAGAUACAGUCGUUGCUGUUUCGUUCAUGAUAAAUUCAAUAUACAAAGCACGCAUGACGUCUUUUUACAUGUCAUAAAGGUCAGAAAUGCAUAAAACUAAAACGGGAACAUUCUUGUAAGCAUUAGUACUAAAUAGAUGGUAUAUGAUGAACACAAAAUCUAAAGAACAAAGGGAUGGAGUAAGGGGAUGGCACAAAAUAUUUGUUUUGAUAUCUUGCUGUUUGAUAAUGGUUCUUCAUCUCGGGUUGCUGCACGCCAUCGGCAUUCUAUUUACUGAUAUAAUAACAACAUUCAACAGUACACGUGCUGAAACGGCGGUGAUACAAUCAACAUCCAUUGGUGUUAGUUUUAUUUCGGGUAUAUUUACUGGAGCGUUAAUCAACAAAAUCGGUUUGAUGGCGGUAGGAAUUUCAGGUUCUCUUUUGCUUAAUUUCGCUUUGAUGGUGAGCUUCUUUGCAACUUCUUUGACGUAUCUCAUUAUAUCAGUGGGCGUUGUCGGUGGCCUUGGAUUCUCCUGCGUUUAUAUUUCAUCAGCAGCUGCUAUUAGCCAGCAUUUCUCAGGCAGGAAGCAGUUACUAUAUUUUUCUGUACACGCUACUGGGGCUGGAAUAGGUGGAAUGUUGUACCCGUUUUUAAUAAGGUAUCUAAGUGACCUAUAUGGAUUCAGAGGUGCAUUACUAAUAAUCGGAGCAAUUGGUAUGAACGCAACGCCUACCUGUUUUCUUUGGAAACAUCACUCAAACACAACCAAUCCACAAAAAUGUGUUGAAGUUGCUAACCAAAUUGAGGAAUUUCAAACACUUUUGGAAGUGAAAACAAAAGAUAGUGGUGAAAUCAUCACGAUAGAAAAGCUAAAACAGACUCCACCUAGAGAUGGUUUUGAUUCUGUUUAUGUAAGCCAGUACCCAGUGCAACAAGGUGAAACAAAAACGAAAACGGUUAUUGUCGAAGGCACUGGGAAUAAGUCUACUGAUUUGAAGAAAAGUAAACAAAGACAAACAAUAAGUGAAAGUUUCAGACGCAUCUGGCACAUUAAAAGUUUUAUCGUUUUUGUACUUGGAAGCAUUGGUUUGACUACGUCUCUAGCAUUGAUUAUCAUUUUUGUGGCCGAUAUCUAUAAGGAUAAUGGACUGACAAACGAUGACGUGUCAUUGGGGUUGUUUUUACUCAAUGUUAUGAGUACAGCUGGACGUUCAAUUCCGGGAAUGAUAAUUCAGUCUAAACGCAUUCCAACAUUAGUAAUGCCUUUACUAAAUGCCGUGUUAUCUGCAGUUGUAAUAUUCUCCUUCAUUAUUGUCAAAUCUCGCUGGCUUUUAAUCGUGUUAAGCGGUGUUAUUGGCAUGCCCCUUGGAAUGUGUGCAUCUAUGUUAACUGUUGUUACUCAGAAGCUUGUAGGCUCAGACUUACUGCCGAUAGCACUUGGAACAUUCUUUACAUUCAAUGGUAUUUGUCAAGUUGUUGCCGGUCCAGUCAAUGGAUAUAUCAGAGAUGUAACCGGUUCCUAUAUUGCAAUAUUCUACAUCGCAACAGGGAUAUGUUUAGUCGGAGCUGUCGUUUUCUUUUUGGCACACAUGACAAGACGAAAAAAGAAACACGAAAUUAAAAGAUCAUCAGUACUUUAACUGACCAACUUUUAAGAAUUCAAUGCUUUUGGAAAACAGUUUGCAAAUCUACUUUGAACAUAAGUCUUACGGAAUAUAGUCUAACAGUAUUUGCUAUGCUCAAGUAAUUUCUGUGGUACUGCGUUCGCAGAAACUUCUUGCAUUCAAUAUGUGUACAAUUCUAGACCAUUAUGCACAGCACAACGCUAGGCACAAACCAACGCUCGGCGUAUAUCACGAUUCUCUGAGAAUUUCUAUAUAUAUAUUUAAAAUACCAUCUCUUACGAGUCCCAUUUCGUUUGUUUACACCACGCAUGUUUUUAUCCAAGUGUUCAUUUCCGGUAUGGUCACGUGAUUACAGUAGAGCAGAUGAUGCAAGGCUAAAACCCGUUCAGUUUUGUGUUCUACUCUCAUUAAAAAGCAGAUUUUCUGGAAAAACAGGUAUUAAAAAGUAGCUUGCGGGUGGAAUUUUGGGAAAACAACAGUUUUCUUUUUAAUUAUUUUAUUUCUUUAUGCACAUAAACUAUAAACCCUUAUCAUGGCAUUUCAUACGGACCCACUCUAUUUCACUUUUCUGUAUCUUCUUAUGUUCAAGUAAUUGAUAUACUAUGUGGACUAAUGGCACUUUUGAAUAGAUUUCCAAGAAUAAUGGAAAUAUAUCAUCAACUAUCAUCAGUUAUUGGUUUCAUGCAAUUAGACUCACAGAAUUGUGAACAAUUAUCUUCAAAUGAAUUCCUUAAGAUAAUUGUUGUAUAAAAUAUGUUUAUUCAAUAUAUAUAUGCAGAACAAAAGAGAGGUGUAAUUUACGUACAUGUUUAUGUACUUAAUAAAUUUAGUUAAUCAGUCUUA